GCGGAGUUGGCGGAGUCUCCUUAGGGAACUGGGGGGCCGAACUGCGUAGAAGAGGGUGGCGGGGAGGAGAGCGCUAAGUGGGAAGCGGAACCUUGGGCCUGGGACCCGUCGCGGCAGAGCCAGGCUAGUGAACCGGAGCAAAGGACUUCCGAUCCACUCUGUGCUGCAGCAGCACCCUUUUGGGAUUUGAUUUGCAGCAUCUUUGAGCUGGUACCACCAAAAAAAAAAAUUACCGCGAAGAACGCCUAGUCCUCCCCUGGUACCCCAAGACAAACCCACUCCCUCCUAGGGACACAGCUGGGCGCGUCCACACCCCCGCAUCCCCUACACCAUGUUGUGCGGAAGGACUUCCACUCCCUGCCUGUGUCGUUGAUGUCAGACCCCAGGCCAGCCUCCGGGCGCUGCAGUUCUCCUGGUUAAUGCUGCGGCUGUGGUUAGGGCUUUAGUACAUAAGCCAGCCGCCGCCGCCCCCCGCUUCCCCACCCUCGGCCUCAGCGCCCACAGUCUGCAUGUGUGUGCGGUAGCCGGCUGCCCAUCCCGCCGCUCGUGUUCUCCUGGAGCUCUGGAUACCACCGCGAGGCAUUUCUCUGCCCGUGGGAGAAGUGGCCUUGGAGGGAUUGAUAUCAGUGGUUGGAUUUUUCCCGUGGAUCUAUCAAUUCACAAUUCGGAUUUGGAAGAAAGAAGGAAAACAUGACGUCUCCAGCCAAAUUCAAAAAGGAUAAGGAGAUCAUCGCAGAGUACGAUACUCAGGUCAAAGAGAUCCGGGCUCAGCUCACAGAGCAGAUGAAAUGCCUAGAUCAGCAAUGUGAGCUCCGGGUGCAGCUGUUGCAGGACCUGCAGGACUUCUUCCGCAAAAAGGCUGAGAUUGAAAUGGACUACUCUCGCAACCUGGAGAAGCUAGCAGAGCGCUUUCUAGCCAAGACACGAAGCACCAAGGACCAGCAAUUUAAGAAGGACCAGAAUGUUCUCUCUCCAGUCAACUGCUGGAACCUCCUCUUAAACCAGGUGAAGCGGGAGAGCAGGGAUCAUACCACCCUGAGUGACAUCUACCUGAAUAAUAUAAUUCCUCGAUUUGUUCAAGUCAGCGAGGACUCAGGAAGACUCUUUAAAAAGAGUAAAGAAGUUGGCCAGCAGCUCCAAGAUGAUUUGAUGAAGGUCCUGAACGAGCUUUAUUCGGUCAUGAAGACAUAUCACAUGUACAAUGCCGACAGUAUCAGUGCUCAGAGCAAACUAAAGGAAGCAGAGAAGCAAGAAGAGAAGCAAAUUGGCAAAUCAGUAAAGCAAGAGGACCGGCAGACCCCUCGCUCCCCUGACUCCACCACCAAUGUCCGCAUUGAGGAGAAACAUGUCCGGAGGAGCUCAGUGAAGAAGAUUGAGAAGAUGAAGGAGAAGCGACAAGCCAAGUACACAGAGAAUAAGCUGAAGGCCAUUAAAGCCCGGAAUGAGUAUUUACUGGCUUUGGAGGCAACCAAUGCAUCUGUCUUCAAGUACUACAUCCAUGACCUGUCUGAUAUUAUCGAUCAGUGUUGUGACCUAGGCUACCAUGCUAGCCUGAACCGGGCUCUACGCACUUUCCUGUCUGCUGAAUUAAAUCUGGAACAAUCAAAACAUGAAGGUCUGGAUGCUAUUGAAAAUGCAGUAGAAAACCUAGAUGCCACCAGCGACAAGCAACGGCUCAUGGAGAUGUACAACAAUGUUUUCUGUCCCCCUAUGAAAUUUGAAUUCCAGCCCCACAUGGGAGAUAUGGCCUCUCAACUCUGUGCCCAGCAGCCUGUCCAGAGUGAGCUGGUGCAGAGAUGCCAACAACUGCAGUCUCGCUUAUCCACUUUGAAGAUUGAGAAUGAAGAGGUGAAAAAGACAAUGGAGGCUACCCUGCAGACCAUCCAGGACAUUGUGACUGUUGAGGAUUUUGAUGUGUCUGACUGCUUCCAGUAUAGCAAUUCCAUGGAGUCUGUCAAAUCAACCGUCUCAGAAACGUUCAUGAGCAAGCCAAGCAUUGCUAAGAGGAGAGCUAACCAGCAAGAGACAGAACAGUUUUAUUUCACGAAAAUGAAGGAGUACUUGGAGGGCAGGAACCUCAUCACUAAGUUACAAGCCAAGCAUGACCUCCUGCAGAAAACGCUGGGAGAAAGUCAGCGAACAGAUUGUAGUCUUGCCAGGCGAAGCUCAACCGUGAGGAAACAGGAUUCCAGCCAGGCAAUUCCUCUGGUGGUAGAAAGCUGUAUCCGGUUUAUUAGCAGACAUGGCCUACAACAUGAGGGAAUUUUCCGGGUGUCUGGAUCACAAGUAGAAGUGAACGACAUAAAAAAUGCCUUUGAGAGAGGAGAGGACCCCCUGGCUGGGGACCAGAAUGACCAUGACAUGGACUCCAUAGCUGGUGUCCUCAAGCUUUACUUCCGGGGCCUGGAACACCCGCUCUUCCCCAAAGACAUCUUCCAUGACUUGAUUGCCUGUGUCACAAUGGACAACCUGCAAGAGAGAGCUGUGCAUAUCCGGAAAGUUCUUCUGGUCCUGCCUAAGCCCACUCUGAUUAUCAUGAGAUACCUCUUUGCCUUCCUCAAUCACUUAUCACAGUUCAGUGAGGAGAACAUGAUGGACCCCUACAACCUUGCCAUCUGCUUCGGGCCCUCGCUGAUGUCCGUGCCAGAGGGCCACGACCAGGUGUCCUGUCAAGCCCACGUGAAUGAACUGAUCAAAACCAUCAUCAUCCAACAUGAGAACAUUUUCCCAAACCCCAGGGAGUUGGAGGGUCCCAUCUACAGCAGAGGAGGAAGCAUGGAGGAUUACUGUGACAGCACCCAUGGAGAGACUACCUCUGCUGAAGACUCCACCCAGGAUGUUACAGCGGAGCACCACACAAGUGAUGACGAAUGUGAGCCCAUUGAAGCCAUUGCCAAGUUUGACUACAUUGGCCGGACAGCCCGGGAACUCUCUUUCAAGAAGGGAGCAUCCCUGCUGCUUUACCAGCGAGCUUCUGAUGACUGGUGGGAAGGCCGGCACAAUGGUAUAGACGGACUCAUCCCCCAUCAGUACAUCGUAGUCCAAGACACCGAAGACGGUGUCGUGGAGAGGUCCAGCCCCAAAUCUGAGAUUGAGGUCAUGUCUGAGCCACCUGAAGAAAAGGUGACAGCCCGAACGGGGGCCAGCUGUCCCAGUGGGGGUCAUGUAGCUGAUAUUUAUCUUGCAAACAUCAACAAGCAAAGGAAGCGUCCAGAAUCUGGGAGCAUCAGAAAAGCAUUUCGGAGUGACAGCCAUGGGCUGGGCAGUUCUCUGACUGACUCCUCCUCCCCGGGGGUGGGGGCUAGCUGCCGUCCAUCUUCCCAGCCCAUCAUGAGCCAGAAUCUCCCCAAGGAAGGGCCAGAUAAGUGUUCCAUCAGCGGCCAUGGCAGCCUCAACUCUAUCAGCCGCCACUCAUCCUUGAAGAACCGGAUGGACAGUCCACAGAUCCGGAAGACCGCCACAGCAGGAAGGUCAAAAAGCUUCAAUAACCACCGGCCCAUGGACCCUGAAGUCAUUGCACAGGAUAUUGAAGCAACAAUGAACUCUGCCCUGAACGAGCUUCAAGAGCUAGAGCGGCAGAGCAGUGCUAAGCACACACCCGAUGUGGUUCUGGACACCUUGGAACCCCUUAAGACCUCCCCAGUGGUAGCCCCCACAUCAGAGCCCUCCAGCCCCCUGCACACCCAGCUCCUCAAGGACCCUGAGCCUGCCUUCCAGCGUAGCGCUAGUACUGCUGGGGACAUUGCCUGCGCCUUCCGGCCUGUCAAAUCUGUCAAGAUGGCUGCUCCAGUCAAACCACCAGCCACUCGGCCCAAGCCAAGUGUCUUCCCCAAGACAAAUGCUACUAGCCCUGGUGUCACCUCAUCUGCUUCCCCACAGUCCACUGACAAGUCUUGUACUGUCUAAAGGGAUGACAAUGAUUCUAGACAAGGAGACUGGCCGUUUUAAAUCUUCCUAUUUAACUAGCUUGGGGACUCAGUUGAAAAUUAGGUUCUAAGUUGUUCUUACAGGAGUUAGCCUUCCCAUUACCCAGACCUUGAGAAUGAAGCCCUUGUUACUGCUUUUCCCUUUCUGGUCUUUCCCUCCACCCUUUGCUUCCCUCUGUUGUUGGAAUCCAACCAGCUCCAGUACAUACUAUUAUUAGGUUAGCCAGUGACAGGUUUUCCAUUAUUGGGUUGCUGUGAUAUCUGCCAAGGCAAGACAUGGGGACCCAGGUCUAAGUCUCUGUCCCUUCAGACCAUAGAGGAUACCUUGACCAGAGUUUGGCUGCAGCCAAUCAGCUCUCAGUGACAUCUUCUGUUUCAGUACUGAUUUAAAAAAAUCGUAUAUA